GCCAUGUAAAAUGUUCAGCCAGCGUGUGGCCAAAAAGAAACGCACACAGAGCUUGGCUUUUCAUUAGAUGGUCAUCUGUGUGCUCCAAGAAUGAUUGGGAAGGCUGCCUUUACCUUGGGAGGCUGCACUGUCGGUGGAGCACGUCGCAUUAUCCACACAAGAUCUUUGCACAGUGGUGAUCUCAAGAUUCAUCCAUGUGUAAAGGAGGCCAUGGACAGUGGGAGGCCUGUUGUUGCCUUGGAGAGUGCGAUCAUCACACACGGCAUGCCAUAUCCCCAAAAUCUGAGCGUGGCCAGAGAAGUAGAAGAAGUUGUAAGGACCAACGGGUCAGUUCCAGCAACAAUUGGCAUUUUAAAUGGCUCCAUCCAUGUGGGUCUCCAGGACAAAGAACUGGAAUUUCUGGCAAGGUGCAAAAAUGUCGUGAAGGUUUCUCGGAGGGACCUUCCUUAUGUUCUCAGCAAGGGCUUGACUGGUGGUACAACUGUGGCAGGAACCAUGAUUGUGGCACACAGAGCAAGGAUCCCAGUGUUUGUGACAGGCGGAAUUGGAGGAGUCCAUCGCGGGGGAGAGAAAACUCUGGACGUGAGUGCAGACUUGACAGAGUUGGGCCGUACUCCAGUUGCAGUGGUUUCUGCAGGUGUCAAGUCCAUUCUCGAUAUGGGCAGGACACUGGAAUAUCUGGAAACUCAUGGUGUUUGUGUGGCUGCCUUUGGAGAAUCAGGAGAGUUCCCAGCCUUCUUCUCACACCGCAGCGGCUUCCAGGCACCAUAUCGGGUGCAGAAUGAGAAACACGCUGCUCAGCUGAUUGUCAAGGCUUUGGCGUUGCAGUUGGGCAGCGGAGUGCUGAUUGCGGUGCCUAGUCCUCAGGAUCAAGCUGCUUCGGGACAGCUCAUUGAAGAAGCGAUUCUGCAGGCAUUGCAGGAGGCUCAGGCAAAGGGGAUCACGGGAAAGGCUCUUACACCCUUCUUGCUGCAGCGGGUAAAUGAACUAUCCAGUGGAGAGUCCCUGAAAUCCAAUAUUGCUCUGAUCAAGAACAAUGCCAAAGUGGGCAGCCGCAUCGCUGUGGCUCUGAACAGAAUCCAAAGAGGCCGGGGUGGAGGCGGCAGAGGCGACUUGCCUCUUGAAAAUGAUGAUGCCUCUGCUGCACGGAGACCGGUGGUCAUUGGAGGCAUCAAUGUUGACAUCGUAGCCAAGGCAAAAGUCUCAACAAUGCUGGAUGGAGGACAAACUAAUCCAUCAACAGUGAGACAAUCAUUUGGUGGUGUGGGGAGAAACCUAGCAGAUUGCUUAAGUCGUCUUGGGAAGACGCCUCUCUUUAUCUCAGUCAUGGGGAAAGACGAGCAUUCAGAGUCCAUCCUUCGCCACUGUAGGCACAUGGAUAUGAGAGGAGUCUUGCAACUGAAAGGACACAACACUGCCACGUACUGCGCUGUGAUCACAGGCAGCGGAGAACUUGCUCUUGGCUUGGGAGACAUGGACGUCCACCAGCAGAUCACGGAGCAAUAUGUGUCCAGAUUUGAGGAGAAGCUGUGCUUGGCUCCACUCAUGUGCAUUGAUGGAAAUGUGCCUGUUUCCACCAUUCAGUACAUCUGCCGGAUUGCUAGAGAACAACACCUGGCAGUGUGGUAUGAGCCGACAGAUGUGAACAAGGCCUCUAAGCCAUUCCAUUCGGACAGCUGGACAGCCCUGACCUGCACAUCUCCCAACCUACGGGAACUCAGAGCUAUCAAUCAGACCCUGGGACAUCCUGUGCCAGAAGCUCUGCCAUCGAAGCUGGAGGACAUGCUCGAGGUGGCUGCAGGCCUGGCUUGCCCUUUGCUGAAAGAGCUGCACUGCGUGGUGGUAACAUUGGGCCAACAUGGAGUACUGGUGUGCGGCCGGGAUGUCGGUGGCAGUGUCUCUCUUCACCCUGGAACCAGCACUAAGAGUGCUUCAGGGGAGCUGUGUGCUGUUCACUACCCAGCCAUCCCUGUCUCUGCUGAGGAGAUAGUGAACGUCUCUGGGGCCGGUGACAGCUUGAUGGCUGGAAUCAUUGCAGGGCUGCUUGCUGGGGAGGACACGGAUUCCUGCAUCCGGAUGGGCCUCCUCUCUGCCAGCCUCUCCCUCUGCUCUUAUGAGCCUGUUUCGCCAGAGAUCGACAGCACCAGUGUGAAUGCAGCAAGGCUGAAGACGCAGCAAUGGCCCGUGCCGAAGAGGUGGAAAGUGCCCGAGGCCUGCCAGUGGCACCUGGAAUAGGCGCAGGCACCCUAAUUGUCCUUCCUUCCAACUUGUGCUCUUCUCUGAACCGGAACCAGGGAUAUUCUAUGCACAUGCCAGGCAGAGAAGAGGAAGAUUUGCCACCUAUUAAUUUCUCUCUUUCCCACUCUCCUGUCCCAGUCACUAUGGCCAUCAUGCAAAACCACCUAAAUUCUGCACAAAAAGAACUGUGGAAUUCUACAACCUGUAUCA